AGAUCAACCGUCUAAUGUCAUCACUGUCAUCGUGUUUAGUGUGCAGUGUGUGACGACGGAACAACAACGGGCUUUUAAUUUUCAGCGUGACACGGCACACCAGCCGUGUAACGGGCGCAAACGAAUACUUCCACCAGCGGAGCGAAAACGGGAAAACGCACUGCAAACAUGUAUCCUGCACAAGCGUCCACCCGAACCAGCCGCAUCCUGCUAGGCGCGGCGGUGAUCCUCGCGAUCUCGAUGCGACAAGCCACAGCCAGUGCCUCUUUGGCUGGAUACCGGCAACCGUGCACAAACGAGGGCGAGGAGUUCCGAAUCAACAUGCCCUGCUUCAAGUGUAUCUGCAAGAACGGUUUCGUGGAGUGUGAUUCGGAAAGCUGCCCAGCGGUGGAUGAUUGCUACUUCUACAAAAAGAAAGGUCCCGACGAAUGUUGCGACAAGUGUAUCGGAUGUUUAUACGAAGGCCGAUACAUCGACAGUGGUACCGAGUGGACCGAUCCGGAAGAUCCCUGCAUGCACUACAAAUGCGUUUCCGGUGUGGUAACACGCUCGGAGAUGAAAUGUUACUCACCGUGUUCAGAUCCAAGCCCACCACGCAAAGGCCAGUGCUGUCCGACCUGUCUAGGCUGCCGGCUGAACGGGCAGAAAGUGUUCGGUGAGGCAACACUCAGCGAAGACCCGUGCGUGAAGUGUACGUGCACCGGCCACAAGCUAACCUGCACCAAGCGUUCCUGUCCGGUGUUGCAGUGUCCGCUGUCUAAGCAAAUCCGAGCGCCGGGCGAAUGUUGUCCGCGGUGCAUCGAGCGGCGGGAAGAGAUUCAUCUUGGAUCACCGAUGUGCAUCAUUGGCAAGGCGGUACACUUCCCGGGCAAACCGUACCACGGUGACCAGUGUUCGAACUGCACCUGCCAGAAUGGGACGUCCGUGUGCGAGAAGAGCACCUGUCCGAUACUGGAGUGUGCGCUGGAGGAUCAACAACGGGAGCCGGGAGAGUGUUGUCCAUCGUGUCCGAUGCCGGCUGAGUUCCGGAGUACAUGUGUUGCAGCGGGAAAGGUUUAUCAGAACAACGAAACCUGGAGCCUAAACGCGUGUACCUCCUGCGAGUGCCGGGCGGGCGAAGUUCGCUGCGCAAACAUCCAGUGCCCGAAGAAAAAGUGUGGUCCCAACGAAACGCUCCUCACCACGGCCGGUGAAUGCUGUCCCCGGUGUGUCGAAAGUCCUGCCGUCUGUACCGUGUUCGGUGAUCCACACUACAAAACGUUCGAUGGGAACUUUUACAGCUUUCAGGGCUCUUGCAAGUACCAGCUGACGGCGGACUGUGUCGGACACACGUUCUCGAUACGGGUCACGAACGAUGCACGGCUCACCAAGUACUCGUCCUGGACGAAAACGGUCACACUAAAGCUGGAAGGUGUAAAGGUCAACUUGGGACACAGGAUGCGGGUGAAAGUGAACGGAACACGGGUGGAACCUCCUUACCGGUUAAAUAAUACGCUGGACAUCUAUCGGAACGGUGACGGUACGGAGGUGAUCGUGGAGACGGCACUCGGUGUGAAGUUGUCCUGGGAUGGGCACAACUUUAUCCAGGUACAGGUACCGACCGCCUACAAGAGCAAGCUGUGUGGACUGUGCGGCAACUACAACAGUAUCUUCCGGGAUGAUCUGUUUACCCGUGCCGGGCUAAACAUGACGCACAACGUACGGCGCUUUGCACGAUCGUGGGCCGUCGGAGGUCCUAAGGCGUGUACACGGCAGCGCAAGAAGGAGCUAGCCGCACGCCAUCCACAGUGCAAGUCAAAGAAGUUUGUCCCACUGUGCAAAGCGCUCCGUACGCCGGAAGUGUUCGGUCGGUGUAAUUCGCUGCUCAAUCCGGACAACUACUUCGAGUCGUGUAAGUUUGACAUGUGCGAGUGUCCGCACCGGCAGUGCUACUGUGACAGUAUGGCAGCGUACGCACACGAGUGUGUCCGGCAGGGUGUUCCUUUGCCGGACUGGCGUACCCUGACCGGAUGCAGUCGAAAUGCUUCGGGAAUGAUACCGAUGGCGAGGAGUCGUUCGGCAGUACACGAACCAAACGCUAUCGUUGCCGGUACUGCGACUCAGCACAACAACAUCCGGCGACAUCCGAAGCGGGUUAGGCGACCGAAGCUGCUACUCGAACAACCCAAGCAGGAACUGGAUAAGUUGCUACCACUGUCACUGGAUCGGAAGCAUCACAAGCUACUACAUCAUCCACUGUACAGGAAGCAACAGCAGCAGCAGCAGCAGCAACAACAACAGCAGCAAAAGGAGAAAAACAACAUCCCUGUGCGACCGACCAGUGGUAGCCGUCGGACACCACCGCCACUACAGCGUUAA